AAUAUCAUUUUUAGAAAUUUUAUGCCGCCGUUUUUCGAUUCCAGUCCUUAUCAUUUUUCGGACAACUGUCCCCAACUCCUAUUAAGAGUUAAGUUUAUUUUUUUUGAGGUUAGAAUUCUAAUCAAAAAUGUUUUUUAUCAGCUAUAAUUCUUAUCUGAUGCAACAACUACCCUCAUCCCUCAUUGAUCGUAAACACUACUAUUUACCGUUAGUGGUAUUCAGCAAUUCAAACUUACCGUCAUUUCUGAUAAUUCUCAGAUCACUAGUUCCAACUUUCAUCAUUUGUAAUCAUUGACUAUAAUUUAAUUUGAAAAUUAAUCAGUCGGUCAUACUCUAUAACAACUGUUCUUACGUUUUAAUUCAGAUUAUUAUUAUUUUAUGAUCAUAAGGCAUAUCUAUUUGCGUCACUUGGCACAAGUCGUUUUUGUAUACAUGUGGUGUCAUUCAACGCUGAACUUUGCCAAAACGCAUUUUGUUAUCAUUAAAAAAAAUGUAAUUAAUUAAUCAAUAUAGUAAAGCAUUUAACCGCCAACUGUCAAGUUAAAGCAAGUUUUCUGAAGCUGGAAUUGUAUUAAUUAUUUAUCAAUUUACGUCAUCAGUCAAUUCACUACCCACAACAAUAAUAUGGACGCAAUUCCUUCGGAGAUUGAAGAUAUAGUUGAGAUUAACAACUAGUGAAGACCAAUUAAAUGGGCUAGUACUGCUUCAUAUCCGUAGAGCUGGGAUUCCCAAUCACUGUGCCACGGCACUCAAGUGUGCCUCGAAAUUAUUCAGAUUCUUAGUGAAAUAUUUAAAUACUUAUCAUUUAGCGAACGACAACAAAUGGCUUUAGUCAACACUAAAUGGUAUUAUGCAUCUAUACAUCCAGAAUUUGCACGUAAUGAAGUGUUUGGCUACAAUGAAAAUGCAGAAAAAUUAGAUUUAACGCUUGGGGAUGAUGGUUUACCCUCUGAUUUACCAAUUUUUAAUGAAUUCAAAAGCAUGUUAUUGAAUUCAAAAAGAAAAUUUUUCAACUUAACAUUUGAUGGUUCACUUUAUGUUUAUCGAGUAUUUCCAAUUUUCAAAAAUUUAGCUGAUUAUAUUGUGUCUGUACAUAUAAAUAAUCUUGCUCGACAUACUGAUAUGUUACUUGAUGCUAUUUUAGAUUGUGACAAACUUGAACAAUUGGAGUUUAAGGGGGUAGGGGAUUUAACUUAUGGUAAUACAACUCGCCAACAAAUACUCAGCUUAAAACGGAUUUAUUUUGAAGGAGCUAAUUUGACUGAUUUUUGUUUCAACAAUAUUAUGCGAUGUGCUCCAAAUUUAGAGGAGUUAGGAUUUGAAAAUUGCAAUAUAUUAAUUUGGCACCAAGCUAUAAGAAGGUUUUACCCGAACUACAAAGAUUCUAAAAAAAAACAAACUUUUAAUUCUUUGGAUAUAUUUUCAUAUGUAAAUAUUGUAAAUUAUUUGGAGACCGCUAAAAAUAUAAAAACAUUAAGGCUUGGCAAUAAUUAUCAUAUUUUUUUAAAUCUACCAAUACAUAUCAAAUUAGUAUCUUUGGAAUUAAAUUUUAAGAAUCUAUGCUUUACAAGAGAUUAUGCUAAAGUUGGUGAUAAAUUGUCAACAAUGAGUACCUUGGAAUAUUUAGAUCUUAUACAUUUUCCAUGUUGUGUAUUAGCAUCAUGUGUUCCUAAACUGUGUAAUCUCAAGCGAUUAAAUGCACAUUACUUCCUUUGUGGCUACCAAGAUGAAUGCUUCAGCAAAGUAUUAAAUUCAUUAAAGAAUAAAAAGAACCUAAAAGAAUUGAUGAUGGUCUCAUUAGAAGAUUCAGUACCAUUAGAAAUACCAGAUUGUACACUAGAAAAAUUAACAACUUACAUAGGUUUAACUAAUGUUUUUAAAAUAACAAGAAUGAGCCAAAAUCUUACAAGAUUAAAAAUUUUAAAUGGCGACAUUCUAACAGCCUGUGAUUAUAAACUGAUAUUCAAAAACCUCAUUGGAUUACAAAAAUUGAUCAUCGACCAUUGUUUUCAAUUGGAUGAUAAUGUGUUUUCUGAUUUACCGAUAAAUAAUCUUAAAGCACUGAAUACCUUGCAUCUUUUCCAUACAAAAUUAACAUAUCAGUGUUUCAAGUAUAUUAAUAACAAAGAGUUGAGAAAAGUAUGGAUUACAGACGUUUCAAUAGAAAAAUGUAUUGAAUUGAACGAUAUGUCUGACUUUAAAAAUGUAUUAAAAGCGUUUAGUGGUUUUGUUCCUGAAUUAACUACAUUAAAUAUUGACAUUUUAAAAGAAAACCGCAGUUGCCAAGACAUAGAAGUAUUUAGUGAAAUACCAAUGUUGAUCAGUACAGUUUAUAAUAAUUUUAAAAAAAUGAAAAUUUGUUCUAUAAAUUGAACUAGUUAAAACUAUGAAUGAUUAUUACUUAAAUAAGAAAACUAUAUUUUCUUUAUGAUUUAUGUAAUAAUUAGGGCCUGCAUUUAUAUGUUCUAUAAACCAUUGACAAUUUUUUUUUAGAAAAAAACUUAAUGCUUAUAUAGUUUAAUAAAAAAAAAACUGUCAUUAUAAUAAUUUCCAUUGAAACAAAUGUUGUACUUUGAAAACAUUGUAUAGAAUCACACAAAACAUGAUACACUAUGCAUUGGAAUCCAGGCUCCAGUAAUUAUAUUUUAUUUAUACGAAUUGAAUAUAUUGUAUUCAUUUAUAUAUAUAUAAAUAAUAAUAUGUCUAA